AUGAUGCUUCCGAUCUUCUUCAAAGUCUUGUCUCGACCUUCGGCGACCCAGUUACUAUCCCCGAACCCGACAGCUCAGCUGACUCGGGCUGCUUUCCAUUCUUCCAACAUUGCCGAGGGCGGACGAUUGAGCAAGAUUCCUUGGCGACUAUCGACUACCCGGAAAGCUAACCUCAGGAAACGACUGAGAGAGGUCGAUUCGGUUAUCCAAGCCGUUAAAGACAGCGGUGUUCAGUGUGGUGCAUUGACAAAAGCUAUGGAGUUGCCUACUGAAGCCGACAUGACUCCGAGGGACAAAUACUUCGUCUUCUCAGCCCGGUCCAAAGGAUACCGGAAAGGCAUACACAAAGUGCCUCAUUUUACCAAAAUCACCCACCGAGUCAACCCGAAGGGGUUCUGA